AUGUAUAAGAUAGUGCAAGAAUUAUUGCAUUUUGGAUUAAUUCGUCCAUCUGAUUCUCCAUAUGCAGCACCAGCAUUACUGGUCGCUAAGAAAGAUGGUACAUGGAAAAUGGUAGUUGAUUAUAAAAAAUUAAACAAUAUUACUCUCGAGGAUAAUCAUUCCCUACCCAAUGUGGAACAAGCAAUACAAUUAUUAGGUGGAGGUUUUAAAUUUUUUCCAAACUUGAUAUGA